UCAACUCGCUACUCCACGUGUUAUUGACAAAUGCGUGAUAAGAUACCGUACUGGCAUGAAUACAUAAUUCGACUUCAGUACGGAAACAAGAGUGUUUAUAUAAAUGUCGGCUAUGUCACCACCGAGCUGGAUGGGAAGUAUUUGUUUGUGGGGUGUGUGAAUGUCCAGUCGUAUCCCCAAGUCAUUCAUUGACCCCCACCCCCGGGAAUUAUAUACCAUGGACUACUGGAUGUCACGUGAUACAGGUGUGUGAUACCAUGCGCCAGAUAGCCGUUCCGGAGCCAUGAGUCGCUCUUGCCAGCCCACAAGCCCGGAUGUUGAUUGCUGCUGACCUUGCCAACAUGCACGACACAGAUACAAUGGCUGCUAUUCACGGAGCCAGAAUCUCUCCGCUUCAUGCCCACGCCUUCGGGGCCACGUCUGUCAUAAAGAGUACAAUAAAACCCUUAGUCAAGCCGAUCGCGGCAACGGAGGACAGCUUCGGCGAGGAGAUGGAGGAGGAUGAUGAUUUCAGCGAUCACGAUUCGCACUACUCGGAGGACUUCAUCGAUGACGAUUCAUACAUGCACGUGAUCACUGAGGAACCACCGAAUGUGACGCAGCGUCUGCUUAGUUUUGCAGAAAUGGUGAACACCGAUAUUCAGAAAUACUUCGGUAAGAAAAAAGAUGAGGAUUCGUGUGAUAUAUAUGAAGAUAAGUGGGUAACGACCAAGUCUGGUCGGGAACUAUACUACGCCGAUCUUUUGAGGAUAGCUCAGGGGGAAAAUGUGGACAGUAAAUCUAGAAAGUCCCCUAAUCUAGAUCAAGGCAAACGAAAGUUCACGGGGAAAAUGGACGCCAAGAUCGGACUAGGUCCACUUAACGAUUUGUUUGAAUACGGACUCCGGCAGUUUCUUGUUGACGGAAAGUUAAAAGCGAAAAAACUGAAACGAAUGAAACAGGAUGUAAAAAAGAUCGAGGAAGUGAUGCCGAUGAAUCAAAGGAAGCUGCCAGAUUCGUUUUGGCGGGAACCCGGAGCAGAGCGUCCAACAGACCCACGUGUCAAUAAUGGUGGAAAUAUGUUAAAUUCUUCCCACCCACCCGACUUUAGUGACCUUCUUCAGAGCUGGACAGGUGUCGGGCAAGUGAAUGACUUUGGCGGGGAACUAUCCUCUAGUGAAAUGAGUGUGACGUCAUCAGAAUCUCUCUGACAAAGUAUUAUAUCAACAAUAUGUGAUAAACUAAACCCGAAUAUAUAAUGCGAUUGUUUAUAAUGGCGAUACUGUUACAAAAGCAGAUAUUUUAAAAGUGGAAUCUCAUCAGUUAAGACUCGUUCGGUAAUUCACAAUCGAGAUAAGAAAACUUCGAAACUAGUAAUGAUUGAAGUGACAAAAUGUUUGCCUUCACAAGCGAAAUGGCCAUAUUUCGUUGAAGCAGUAUUUGACCUUAUAUAUACUAUGGAAGUGCUUUUGACAAAAACGUCUCGAUCUCGAGACGCAGGUAGUUAUUCUUGACCUUGAACAAAACUGUUCUAACUAUUGCGUUAAGACAGGAUAUAUAUAAAAAAAAUCAAAACGGAAGUGUUCAUUGAUGUGACUUUCGGUAUAAACCGGAAGCUGGUAAAACAGGGUAUUUUUUGGUGUGAGUGCAAUGUCUCAUUUCCAUUGAUUCAUGCAGUUCCAUGUACAUGUAUUAUGCAAAUGUAGGUGAUGUUAGAUGUGUCACAAGCUCAACUACCUUUCUCGCUGUGCCAUAUAUCGUUGUGUACUACAUAUUCAAUACAAAACUGAUAUUUA